AAUGAACGUUCCGGAAGGUCGAUCAUAAAGAAUCGAUUAUGCCAAGAAUUGAUUUCUCGAAAGAAUCGGGAAUCGAGUUACCCAACCCUAAUUCAGUGAAAAAAGCUUUCAGUCUUUUGAGUUGGCAGGAUAUGUCAAAAUUUUUGUGAUGUCAAUGUUGAGGGAGCGAGGGCAGUAUGCAUUUGAAGAAAAGUGGCCUUGUAUGCGUCCUAUUAUAUUAAAAUUGCUGAAACAAGAACCUGUAACUCAGGGAGAAUGGCACGAUUUAUUUUACUCUGUCCAAGUAUGCCUUUGGGACGAAAAAGGACCUGCAAAAUUGUGCGAUGCCCUCAAGGAAGAUAUAAUGGAUUUUGUAAAACAGGCUCAACAGAGAGUCUUAGCUCAUCAAGAAGAACAAGCUUUAUUGAAAGCUUACAUAGCAGAGUGGAGGAAGUUUUUCACACAAUGUAACUAUGCACCGUCACCUUUUAGGCAAUUAGAAACAUCACUAUCCGGAAAACUGGGUUCCAAUAUUCCAAAGAAGAAUCCCUGUGAUGAAAGCAUCGUAAGAAAGUUAAUGUUAGAUAGUUGGAAUCAAAGUAUAUUUGGCGAAAUAAAACAGAGACUUCAGGACUCUGCCAUGAGAUUAGUGCGUGCAGAAAGAAAUGGAGAAGCGUUUGACUCUCAACUGGUUAUCGGAGUUCGAGAGUCUUAUGUAAAUCUAUGUUCCAAUUCGGCUGAUAAACUACAAAUAUAUCGUGAGAAUUUUGAGGCAGCUUACAUUGAAGCAACCGAGAACUUUUAUUGGGUUAAAGCACCUGAACAAUUGUCAUUACAUGGCGUCGAAAAUUACAUGCGCUAUGCUGAAGCAAAACUCAGAGAAGAAGAGCUGCGUGCACAAAAAUAUUUGGAGCCAAACAGUGCUAGUGUGCAAUUGUUGACUGAUUGUUGUGUAAGAGUAUUAGUUGCCACUUUCAAACCUGCAAUUCUUGCAGAAUGUCCACGAAUGAUACAACAACAUCAAACUGACAAACUGCGACUCAUGUUAAAAUUAAUGGACAGAGUGCCUGACGGUGUUAUUCCAAUGCUGCGAGAUUUGGAAGAUCAUAUAGCAAAUGCCGGAUUAGCUGAUAUGAUGGCUGCUGUUGACGUUAUUACUCAAGAUUCUGAGAAAUAUGUCGAAAGACUCCUGGAUCUUUUUCGACGAUUUUCAAUUCUUGUAAAAGAGGCAUUUGAUGACGAUCCACGAUUUUUAACUGCCCGAGAUAAAGCGUAUAAACUUGUUGUAAAUGAUGCUACUGUAUUUAGACUAGAGUUGCCCGUUCGACAAGGAGCUUCUUCUUCUGCUGUUGCUGUCAUUUCUGCCGCUGCAGUUUCUCUCGCUGCUUUAAACAAUAAACCAAAUAGCAAUAACAACAUUCAACCUGAGUCUAAGUGUCCGGAAUUGCUAGCAAACUAUUGCGACAUGUUACUUAGAAAAACACCACUUAGUAAAAAGCUUACUUCUGAUGAAAUCGAAAGUAAAUUACGGGAUGUGUUACUAGUUUUGAAAUACGUUCAAAAUAAGGAUGUGUUUAUGCGUUAUCAUAAAGCUCAUCUAACAAGACGAUUAAUAUUGGACACAUCGGCUGAUUCUGAAAAAGAAGAAAAUAUGGUGGAAUGGUUGCGAGAAGUUGGCAUGCCUGCUGAUUAUGUUAAUAAACUUGCACGAAUGUUUCAAGAUAUCAAAGUUUCCCAAGAUCUCAAUCAACAAUUUAAAGAACAAUGUCGAGCUGUUAUUGCUGACAGUAUUAAUAUUAAAAUUUUAAAUGCCGGUGCGUGGGCGAGAGGAAGCGAGAGAGUGACUGUCAGUUUACCUCUCCAAUUGGAAGACUAUAUUCCAGAAGUAGAAGAAUUUUACAAAAAGAAGCAUAGUGGGAGAAAACUUCAAUGGUAUCAUCAUAUGUCAAAUGGAACGAUUACAUUUUCAAAUCAAGUUGGUCGUUUCGAUGUGGACGUUACAACGUUUCAAAUGGCUGUAUUGUUUGCUUGGAAUCAACGACCUCUUGAGAAAAUCUCAUAUGAAAAUCUCCGUCUGGCCACUGAACUUCCCGAUCCUGAACUGAGACGUACACUGUGGUCUUUAUGUGCAUUUCCCAAAUUAAAGAGGCAGCUUCUUCUAGUUGAUCCAUUAGCACAUAGUCCUAAAGAUUUUGCACAUGAUACGAGAUUUUGGGUUAAUCAAGAUUUUGCUAUUGUGAAAAACAAUAAACUACAGAAGAGGGGAAAAAUCAAUUUAAUUGGACGACUGCAACUUUCAACAGAGCGAAGUAAGGAGGAAGACAACCAAUCAAUUGUGCAGCUUAGAAUUUUACGACUGCAAGAAGCAAUUAUUAAAAUUCUUAAGAUGAGAAAGAAGAUUAACAACGCUCAACUACAAACUGAAUUAGUGGAUAUUCUGAAAAAUAUGUUUUUACCAAGUAAAAAAAUGAUAAAAGAACAAAUUGAGUGGCUUAUCGAGCAUAAAUAUAUUCGCAGGCAAGACGAUGAUAUUAAUACCUUUGUGUACAUGACAUAAUUCAAAUUUUGGUUAAAAGUGUUUAAGCUUUUAUUAUUAACUUAUAUAUUUUUGUAUAUCUGAAUUUCGUUUUAGAAUAUUGUUUUGUGAUUAUUUGGAACGUAAGAUCAUAUUUUAAUGAGACAGUUUUAAAAUAUGAUAUUUCUCCUAUUCUCCAUGCGUUCGGUACAUCAAACAAUUAAUACUUGUUCAAUAGACGUCUUUUCUACAAUUAUAAAAUUACUUUUCCCAAAGUUAAGAUUUUCUAACGUUAUUAAAAUUAUCAAAAAAUCUGCGUCUUUAUUUAUUAAAGAGUCUCUGAUAUUGAUAAUUAAUUAAAUUUAUACAAAUUCUAAAUUAAAUAAAAAGUAGAUACCCGAGCAUUAAAUAGGCAAAGGAACUGAUUCAAAUAUUUUAAUUUCAUAUCAAUUUUAACAAGAAACGUAUGCUAAACAAGGAUAAUAUUGGAGAAUGAUAUCAAUUUCUUCGUUUAAUGCAUGUCUCAAAAUCGCCUGUAUGUUUGUAAUUUUUUUUUCACAUGAUAAGAUUAACUUGUAUAAAGCAUUUGUAAUAUUAAAAUGUUAAGUAUGUAAAGAAACAAUGACUUAUUCCUUUACUGGAAUAAAUUAAAGGCCAAAUUUUUCACAAA